CCAUUUUUCUUCUUGUUUUGAAACCCUAACUCAUCCCCCACCAUCCUCAAUUCGUCACCACCAUCCUCCAUCCUUCACCAACUAUGGUCACCAAUCUUGCUCCAAAUUCUCUCACCCACAUCUCAUAAAUCCCCUAAGUAGCAGCUCAUUGUUCCCCACUCCACCGCAGUCGCAUGUUGCCUUCAACAGCCUUUGGUUUCCCUUUUUGGCAAGCAGAUGGUAGCCCCCCUCAAGUUCUAGCUAUUUCUGCCUUUCGGGCUUCCAUUUUAGGAGGAAUCGUCUCUCUCACUCAAAAUUUUCUGGUUCUAAGUCACCACCAUCUCCUUGAAACCUUGAAUACUUGCUGUUGUAAGCCUACAAGAAGAGGUACUAAAACCAAAGACGUGGGAAAAUUGCGGGGAGUGACGAGUUAGAAGGCUAGCCAUUUGUGUUUCAGGCUUAGAUUAUCUUGGAGUUAGACUAGCCACAUAUAUAUUUGGACUUAGCUUAUUUGUAAUUAGGUUUAACUAUGAAUCGAAUUGUCAUAGACACUGAUAUGAAUUAUCAAUGUCUUGCUCCAGAAUUAAGGGCACAAGUUGAAGCAAUAACCAUCAAUUGGGAUGCAGGAAUUGACGAUGAUGAACUUGAACGAUAUCAAGCACUCAUUCAAAACCAAUUGUAUAAUCCUUAUCCCAAUACAUGUAAUUUUGAUCCAAACACGUCACGGAAUAAUGAAGAUAUAUUGGAGCCACAAUCAAGGUUUCAAGCUCAAGAAGAGGAGUCAUGUUUGGAUAAAAACUUAGAAGCUCAAUCAAGUCAUUUGCUCAACGUAGUUGCUGAAGAGAUACAAGGUGAGUUACCUAGUGCAACAAUGAAAAAUCAAGAAGAAAAGGUAAACACCUUACCCUUGGAGAUUGGAGGACAACUUGGAGAAGUAGAAAUUAUGCCUGCAGAAACUAAACAAGAGGAUGUCCCUAAGAAAGAAGAGGAAAAAGCUCAAGUGUCAUUUGAAGUGUUUAAUGGGAAGUCCCUUUUAACCAAAUCUGAUUUUAAUGAUUGUUUUGUUAUUGGUAUGGUUGAUGAUAUUUUGUAGAAAAACACUUAUGAGGAACCAUUUGAGAUUUAUCUUAUUCAAGCAAAGAACCCAAUCAAAGAAUACAUAAAUUGCUUGAAC